UGGCGAGUGAUUGCCAAGGUCGAACCGAAAUCGAAAACGUCACUUUCACGUCUCACGUACUCACGUACUCGCAUCAUACCGAUCUGCCUUUGGCCCUUUGUGAAUUUGUGAAGAUAUCGACGACACUAUCGUCAUCGAUCCCGCAAGUCAGGCUAAAGAUGGCCAGCUCGGCAGAGCAUACGACUUAGACCAUAGUGCUACCUCGAUUUACGACAUUCAAUAGUUCUUUGGACUGGCUUCCUAUCGGCAACAUGGACUUGACCGUUGCUUGAUAUCUGGACCAAUUCACUGAUCACUGUAACGGUCGUCCUGUACUACGACAGUCACACGGACACCCCCUGAAUCGCAUCAUAAUCUUGUCUCGCCGGAAACCUCAUACCAGACCAUAUCAAUCAGAGCGAACCUUGUCAUAUCACCCGCUGGCCACCUCUUCGACGUUCGAUCGAGCCGGCCGGCAUGUACGAGUUCAACACCCAACAACGCCUGGGACCGUCCCCACUCGCCGGUCCCUCCCAACAUGCAGUCGAUAGACCAUCAUCUUCAUCAUCAUCACAUCGUAGACCGCGAAACAACAGCCUAGAUCCUGUCCCCGAAGACUCGUCUCUCGGUCGCAAACGAUCUCUGCGGACCCAGCAGGCGCAGUAUAGGAAGGAUCAGGCGAGAGCGGCUAGACGACGGAGCGAGGUUACAUCUGGGUCAUCACUGUCUUUGAGAAUGGUGUCGGUGGAGAACAACGACUUCCCGAGAUCGUCCUCGACCAACGGGUUCUUAUCAACCCGAUUUAAAUCUAGUAUACUGCCUACCCCUAGUCCCGGUAGGGACCUGCUGGAACCGCCCGUCCCUACUCAGGCCCCGUUAGCCAGGCCAGGGAGAGCGUUGUCAGAAGCCAGGGUCAUGCUCGAGAGGGAACGGUUGAGGGUGGAAAGGAGCAAGACGGGGCCGGAUUGGGUGAUCGAUCUAGAUGAUAUGGAGGUGGGCAUCAAGGAAUGGACGAGGUCGACCAAAUCGAGGGUGGUCUUGAUGCUAGGAGAACCGAGUGCGACCGCCUUGAAACCCGUCUUGACUUCCCCUGACUUCCUCAACACCUUGAUCCUCCUCGCUCGAAACCCUAGUGCUGCACCGCUCAAGCCAUCAUCUACUACCUCCACCAAAGAUUCCAGCCGUCUCGCUCCAGCACCGACAAGUUCCGAUCGCCUCAGUCGCCAGUUCGGACCACGAGGUCCUCCAUCCCCUAAAUCGACAAAUAAUCAAAUACCUCGGUCUCCCUUGUCACAGUCAUCCACAACAUCGUCUAUAGACACGAACGUAAAGAAGACGGGUGCCAUGGAACUGAUCACCGAGCUAGGAUCUGCAUGCCUUCCCGAGGUGCAAUUCUUGCCCUCGCUGAAAGAGAGCAAGACGGUCGGGGAUGUCGUCAAACAGGCAGUCGAUGCGGCGCUCAUCUGGAGAAAGAAGCGAAAGGCGUUGGAAUCGGCUGAAAACCCACCACCAGCUUCUUCGCGGGAUGUUUCGGCUUCGUCGCCGGGAUUGGGCUCGAGAAGAGGUUCGACACAUAGCGAUCAUGCAGCAUCGAGCUCGAGAUCGCACUCGCCCAUGCAUAGUAGGAGACCGAGUAUGGAAAUCAUGGAAGGGAAGGAUAAGCGGUCGACCUUGUCAAGGAGCUUUUCGAGCGUCUUGUCGAUGGCGACGGUUGUCAACAAGGAGGAUGUCGAGACGGCAUCACAGGAAGGAUUAGGACCGGUUUCUGAGCCGAAGCAGCGGGCUAGAGCUUUGGAUGCAGUGGUCAACUUUUUACCGAUGGACGACCGACCAGAUUCAUUUCAGGGAUCUUUGCAAAACGUCUUGAUCACUACGACAGCACUACUACCGUUCAUGCCCUCAGCCCAUCGCAUCUCGCCUACCGACUCGAUCGAAGAGAAGAAACGACGAAACUCGACCUACUCGCUCGUCUCGUCAGUGAGGACUUCUUCGUUCUCGAGCAACGUGUUCCCAACCGGGAUCGUUGACAUGCCGCAGACUCUGAUUCACGUCCUUCCUGUGGGACCAUCACCGGCGCUCAUCAAAGCUACCGAGGCUUAUCUCAAAUCACUCUUUCCUCGACCGGGUCCGGAGAGCUUGUCGAUGCAUGUGGCUCCGCGAGCCUAUGUCCUCGGCAACCGGGUUCUGGGUCAACCUAUGAAGCGGGCGAGCGACAUGUCCCCUAUAUCGGGACUAGCGUUGAUGCUCAGCGGAGCGAUCAGCUGUCAUAGUCAUUUCGACGUAAUGUACCUGGACGAUCUAAGAAGCUGUCGCUUCGAAUCGGAUGCUACGCAGGAUGGUCCGGACGAGGAAAGGACUGUUGGAAACAAUACUCCUUCGACCGCCUUCUUCGAUCCUUACUCCAUCGCCAGGGGUGUCACGGAUGUCGAAACGAGAUCACUUGGGUCCCUCGAAACGCCUUCCAGCAACAACAACGCCGUUCCCGAGAUCCAGGUUGAUCCUCGACUAGAUUUGCCCACGACACCCCCGUUAGAUUACGACAACGAGACCUCGGCGUCCAGUGGCGAUAAUUCGACCCACAACCGAUCGGUAGAGGGGUUCAGCAGCCCCGACGUCGUUGCCCUCAGUCCUUCCUCGGCUUCGUCGACAUUGCCUGUGGAGGGUGUCAAAACAUUAAAGAAGAAGCAGAGUUGGCUGGGCAAGCUUUUCAAGAAAGGCACGAUUUCAUGAUUAUAGAAUCAACUGUCUCUGAACGAUUCUCUCGGCGAUUUGACCAUAAUAUAACGAACAGAUGACGCAGACAGAUCAAAGCACAUUGUAUCUCGUCUUUAUACAAGCAAGACUCGACCAGCAUACAAUCGUACAUGACGUUGUGA